UGUGAGGUGGGGGAUUUGACCAAGACUUUGGGUUUGGCACACUGACAGCCCUGAGGUGUAGGGGUGGUAUUUUUCGGCAGUAGGAGUUGGGGCUUGGUCUCCUACACCCUGUUCUAAGGAGCCCAGGGUCCCGCGCGCCUUAUUUUGCUCUUGAAGCGAUGCUUGCUUGCAAACGACCUGUUUUAGCAUCUCUUUUACUCCCAGCUUUGCUGCUUGUCUACUUUUUGGAAGACUCAAUCUGUUUAUCAAGCAGGCUAACCCUUCUCUGUGGCUUACUGAUGCCGGCUAGCAAAAACUAGUUCCAGGCUUCCAUAUCCUUUGGGAUGUGUAAUUGAGCAUGCUACUUCAACACAAAAGAUGCAACCUUAAGGCCUUUUCAGACACAGAGCACUUGACCCAGCUGCUGCAGUAGUGAGAUCUGUGCCACCAUGGCUAGAAGAGGGAUUUAACCCUUGCAAAAAGAAGAAGUGAGUGUUAGCCCAGGAAGUGGCAGUUGUCCUGCAUUGGGUCCUCCCAGGUAACUCCAAAUAGGCAUUGCCAAUGGAUGAACUGGUGCAUGACUUGGCCUCAGCUUUAGAGCAGACUUCAGAACAAAACAAACUGGAUGAGCUAUGGGAAGAGAUGGCCCUAAGCCCACGGCAGCAGCGGCGUCAGCUUCGCAAGAGACGGGGUCGUAAACGACGCUCAGACUUCACACAUCAGGCCGAACAUGCCUGCUGCUACAGCGAGGCCUCAGAGUCGAGCUUGGACGAAGCUGUCAAGGAUUGCCGUGAGGUGCUGACGGGUAAUUUCAGUGACUCUGAUGACACGGCAGUGGUCAAACGACACCCUGCUCUUAGUGCCACCCUGAGGAGCAAGCAACACUUGUGGCAUGAGUCAGACUCCUUUACAGAGAAUGCACCUUGUCGACCUCUCAGGCGUCGACGGAAAGUCAAACGUGUGACAUCAGAGGUGGCUGCCAGUCUCCAGCAAAAGCUCAGGGUGUCAGAGUGGAACUACGAGAGGGGCUGCAGGUUCAAGUCAGCCAAGAAACAGCGUCUUUCACGCUGGAAAGAGAAUGCCCCUUGGACAUCUUCCAGUCAUGGCCUUUGCGAGUCAGGAGAGAACAGGCCCUUCCUCAGCAAAGGGGGAAGGAAGGAGCGGAUGGAGUGUGAAGCUGAUGAUCAGAAACAGGGCUCAGAUGAAAACAUGUCGGAAUGUGAAACCAGCAGUGUAUGCAGCAGCAGUGAUACUGGCCUGUUCACCAAUGAUGAAGGCCGUCAAGGAGAUGAUGAGCAAAGUGAUUGGUUUUAUGAAGGAGAAUGUGUUCCAGGAUUCACUGUCCCCAACCUUCUUCCCAAGUGGGGAGCUGAUCACCGAUCUGAAGUGGAGAGGAUUGACUCAGGCCUGGACAAGCUCUCUGUUUCCACCUUCCUUUUGCCCUCACGGCCGGCUCAGAGAGGAUUUCAUGCUCGCCUGAAUCGCCUUCCAGGAGCUGCUGCCCGUUGUCUCCGUAAAGGUCGGAGGAGGCUGGUUGGCAAGGAGACCUCCAUGAGCACUCUGGGCACCGAGAGGCUAGGUCAUAUUGUUAGUGAUCCACGCCAGAAAGAUUUUUGGUUACCAUCCAUGGGGAAGAGAGAUCGCAACCAGUUCAAUCCAUUAUCUCCUCUGUACUCUCUGGAUGUGCUUGCUGAUGCUUCCCACCGAAGAUGCUCACCAGCACACUGCACUGCCAGGCAAGCAAAUGUCCACCUGGGACCACCAUGUACAAGGGACAUCAAGAGGAAACGAAAGCCAGCUGCAGCCUCCACGUCUAGCCCAACAUCAGCAACUUUAUCUGUCCACAUGGAUGCAGCAGAAUCAGAGCUACCAGCAACACCAUCCUUGAGAUCCCAGAACUCUGAGUGGACUGGGAAAACACCAGCAGCUGAGAAAUCGACUAUUGCUGCCUCCAGUAACUUUUUUAAAAUGCCACCAGAGAAGAGCCCUGGAUACAGCUAAAAGGAAGCACUGCAACUGUAAAAGCUUGCUCAGUUUUGGAAGUGUUUGAUUCUGGUGUUUGCACCAAACAUCUUGUUUGGGAGUAGUGGUAUCUUCAAUAUUGGUGCGUGAUGCGUGCCAUCAUCCAGGCUGGUCUGAGUGCCCCACAUACCUAAGUCAUGUUUGUGAAUCUAUGCUUAAGAAAAGGUAAUCAGUGUUGGGACCGCAGUGGCUUUUAGAAAUUUUCUUGCUAUUGCUGUAUUUAUUAUGAAUUCAUCUCUUUCCCUGAUGCCAGCUCAUAUAUAAUAGGUCAUGUAGAAGUUCUUUUGGGUUUUCAGAUCUUUAUUCAACCCCUGGACAUGUUGCUUGUUUGUGUAUUUGGCAUUUUUGGGGUGAAAGUCCCACUGCCAUUCAGGGAGGCAGAAGUCUCCCCCUGCUUUCUUCCAGGCCAGAAGCAUUUGUUGGCUGGGGAAUGAGGAGGGAAUAUUAACACACUGAAACAUGGAACCUGAAUCCUGUAUUAGCAGAAUGUUUUCAGGCCAUGUGCUAAUGGACUCGAAUCACGUUGCUUCUGGCAAAGCAAAUAUGGUGCUUGUCUAUGUAGAAAUUGCCAUUAGCUCACUGGCAGCAUUGUCCAGAAGACCUUUUCCCUCACUCUUGUUCUGAAUGUCUUCAGUCUUUAUUGUGUAUUGCAUGUUCAUUCUUAAACCUCCUACUGGUUAAGGAUUUGGGAGAACUACUUGGACGUGAAUGUGCAAGCUGGUGUCCUGGAUAGAAACCUGGACCCCUGAAUAUUGUUGGAGUAUGGUAGAAUAUACAAAACUUCCAUAUCUCAGUGUAUAAAUUAAAAAAAUGUCUGUCAGUGCUUCUAAGGGAUGUUUGCUGUUGAAGUUAACAUGCCAUUGAACAAAAAAGCCAUUUAAAGUGUUACCUGAGUACAGAGCAUUAUGGUUAUGGAUCAGACUCCUUCUGUAUCAUGCUUUCCUCCCUUCCAAAGUGUUGUUUGCUAUACCUACUGGAGGUGUCUCCACCUGCUGAUGAUUGCACAUUACACUGCAGUGUACACUAAAGAGAUUCUCUUCACAGAACUUCCACGUCGUCUGCUGUUACCUUCUGUGUUGCAGAAUAUAUGGACAGGGAUUUCUUCCCUCUUGUUAAUCUGGAGCUUAUCUUGGACUAUGUUUUCAGAAUAUGUACCUGUAUUGCAUGUACCAAGGAACAGGUGGCCUCACAGCUUCUUAAGUCCUUUAAAAAUAGGAUCUAUUUGUAUCAAUAGACCUUUUUGCUUUCCUCAUUGUGUGGAGCUUUCAGACAGGACCGCUUAAACUUGUAAAAUCUUUUGAUUGUGGAGGUGCAUCUAGCACUCUUAAGCAGAUAGCAAAAUUUGCAUGAUUUUAGUGGUUUUGAAGUGUUCUGCUCUCUUAUGAAUCAAAUGGCUGAGAGACAGAUUUGAUUGGGAGAACAUGAAGCAGUGAUUUAUAUUAACUGUAUUAAAAUAUGAAAUGGUCAUAAUAUGCACAAUAAUAUACAGAAAUUGAAUGACUUGCUAAAUCGUGAUUGACAAAUAGGGUUAGUUAUACUCCAGGCACACUGUGUCUGAUCCCCUAAUAUCUUCUUAUUCUUGGGGAGACAUCCAAAUUGGAUUUAUAUUUCGCAGCCCAAGCAAACUGUCAGAUCUGUCACUAUAAAUCCUUCUCAACCCCCUUUUUUUUUCUUUUUAUUUCUUUUUUUAAAUUUUUUUUUUUAUUUGGGUGGUACAUUUUAGAACUAAUUAGAACAGGGAAAAUCUUUUUACCUUAAUGGAGGAAUACAGAGGUCCAUUUGGAUUACAGGACAAGCUGUAACAGUUUGUGAAGGGAGAAGUGUUCCUGUUUUAAAGUUGUCAUGGCUUUGUCUUAUUUGUAGCUAUUUUGAACAAUGGUUCCCUAAGGGGUAGCACAGGAAGUUUCAGCACUGGAGGGCCUGUUAUCUAAAACAUGAGAAGAGAAGGUAAACCUGAAGAGUAGUAGCUUGACUAUCUAGUAGUGGUGAGUACAGUGAAUGGGAAAGGUAGUCUGUUCUCCUGUUCUCAUGUUCUCCUGACAACUUGCAGAUAAAAUUUAGGAUUUGAAGCCUUGUAAUCUAAACUGCAUGCUGCUCGAGUGAUAGGGAGUGGUUCCCUAAAAGAGCAUUUGUGAAGGUGAGUGGUUAUGAUCUCAUGAAGUGUCCUCCACAACCUCUCUUGGUUUGAAUCUAUUCAACAGACUUAAUCAGAUUACUGAUCAUUUAGCUAAAAUUUUGUAUUUUAGCCAUUGUAUUCCCCUUUUUAAAACCAAUGGUGAUAUAUCUUGCUACAUUCUGAGUAUUGUGCAAAGUAGUUUUUUCUGUUCUAUGGUGUCAGGAUGCUUUAAAAACUUUUUCAGGAAAGGUGUUAGGGAAUCAAGAACCUUCAUCUCAUUGUGGUAGUGGAGGGGUGGGUUGCAAUGCUUCAUGUGAUUUUUCUCUGGGGGCAGGGAAAGAUAAUUUAUCAGAUUUUCCCAUUGAGGUCAGUAGCACUGUUAUCUGGUUAAGCCCUUACUUAGGCUGUAAGCUCCUAGGAGGUUUUUCUUGUCUUUAAAGGCUGAUUGUACCAGUGGCAGUACUGAAAAGUAACUGUGGCAGGUCUUGUCUUGACAAGCCAUACUUCCUGCCAACUUUCUGGAAGUUCCGGGAGACUCCAAUUAUUGCAGCUUCCCUGUCUUUCCUAUUUCUAGGUUAGACUCCAUUUACAUGUCAGAUUCUCAACCAAAUUUGAUUCUCCUGAGUGGUAGGCAAGCUAAAUGAAUCAUGUAUCUUGUUACUCCAGGGUAUUUAUCAAAAUAUAUCUUCAGACUUCAGUAACUUGGUACAGAUUCUGAUAUGAAUCUUAGAUGAAUAAAAUAAGUCCAUUGUUUUGUCUCUUCUUUUCUCUGAGGCAGAUUUCUUAGAACUCACUCUGCUCACACAGUAGUCACUGUGAAGGAUACUGCUUCCCAUGUGGAUUGCUUGGGUAGAAAGGAGUAAUAACAUGCCUUGAUUUGGUAGCUGUGCUUCUGUGAAGGUGGUCCAGAAUGUGAUUAUUGCUUCAAAGAUACACAGCUCACUCAUAUUCCACUUUUUGUCCACCAGGACUCCUCAGUCUUUUUUCAGUUUUGUCUUCUUUUCGUUUGUCUUUCUCGUUGUCCUUAUGGGAAACUUCAGCUUCCCGACAUGACCUGGGAAUACCAUACUGCUGUGACAAGCAAGUCCGGGAAAUUCCUGAAGUACAUUGCAGAUAAUUUGUGGUCACAAGUACUCAUUGAGCCAGCUAGGAAAGAUGCUCUUCUAAACCUGUUAUUUAUUAAUAAAGAAGGACUUGUGAGAGAUAUGAUGGUAGGUGGCUGCCUUUGCCACAGGAUCAUGAAAUGGGUAAUUUAAAAAUUUUUGAUGUAAUGAGGAGAACGGUCAGCGAAGUUACUACCCUAGAUUUCAACAGAGCUAACUUUAGGCAACUCGGUGAGCUAGUUACUAGUGUGCUGUUCCAUGAGUGCUGGUCAGUUUUUAAGAAUCACCUUUUAAAAACACAAGAGCAGGUGAUCUCUCUGUGUAGGAAGUCAAACAAGCCAUGCAGAAGACCAGCUUAACUGGACAGGGAACUCCUCUUGAAACUCAAAAAGAAAAAGAAAUUGUAUGAUCUCUGGAAACAAGCUCAAGCUUCACAGAAAAAUUACAGAGCUGCAGUUCACAUAUGCAGGGAGAAGAUAUGAAAGACCGAAACUUAAUUAGAGUUGAAACUGGCCAGUGUUGUGUCAGACAAGCAAGGCUUUUUGAAAUACAUUAAUGAGAAGACGAGUUCUAGGGAAAACAUUGGACCGAUACUUGUUGUAGAUGCUCACCUGACAAAUUGGGCUGAAGAAGAAGUGGAGGCAUUCUGUGCUUUUUUUUUUUUUUGCCUUGGUCUCUUAUAAUACUAACGGACCUUGAGCUGUCCUGUCUUCUAAUUUGGAGGACCACUACUGUGGGAAUAGUGACUUUCUAUUUGUGUACAUGGAGAUUGUAAGGGACCAGUUGAAUGUUUGUAAGUCUAUGAGGCCAGGUAGGAUUCAUCCCAGAGUGUGGAAGGAGCUAGUGGUUGUUGUAGCAUGACCUUUCUCAAUCACUUACCAAAGGUUUUGGGAGUCUGGGAAGGUCCAUGCUGGCUAGAAGCUACUCAGCAUUAUUCUAGUUUACAAGAAGGGCAUGAAGCAAGACCCAGGAAACUACAGACCUGCUGGUCUACCCCCAGUACCUGGAAAAAUUAUAGAGCAGAUCAUACUGGGUGCUACUGAAAGGCAUUUGAAGCCCUUUAAAUCAUAGAAUCAUAGAAUAUCGUGAGUUGAAAGGGACCUACAGGGAUCAUCAAGUCCAAGAAAGAAAGGCUAGUGGGUGAUGUGGAGAUUGGUGGCUGUCUUGGGCAUAGUGACCAUGAAAUGUUAGUUUUCAAUGCUGGGUGAAGUAAGGAAGGGCAGCAGCAGAACUUCCACCAUGGACUUCCAGUGGGCAGACUUUGACUUGUUCAGGAGAUUGAUUGACAGAGUCCCCUGGGAGUCAGUCCUGAAGGGCAAAAGAAUCCAGGAAGGCUGGAUGUGCUUUAAAAAGGAAUUUUAAAAUAUAUUCAGGAGCGGGCUGUCCCCAUGUUUGGAAAGAUAAGUUGUUGGGAAAAAUAGCCUGGCCUGGCUAAACGGUGAACUUGGGCUGGGACUUUGGGGGAAAAAAAGAGAAUGUAUUGUCUCUGGAAGGAGUGUCACAUGACUAGGGAGGACUAUUAACGAUGUCACGAGGUCACGUAAGGAGAGGAUUAGAAGAGCCAAAGCUCAACUAGAACUUGAUUUGGUGGCUACAUUAACAACGACAAAAAAGUUUCUAUAAAUACAUUGGCAGCAAAAGAAGGAUCAAGGAGUGUCUCCAUCAUUUGUUGAAUGCAGAGGAUGGUGUAGUGACAGGGGAUGAGGAAAAGGCAGAGGUACUUAGUGCCUUCUUUGCCUCAAGCUUCAAUAUGAAGACAAGUUGUCCUCAGGAUACCCAGACCCCAAAGGUGGAAGUUAGGGAUGAGGAGCUGAGCGAAGCUCCCGUAAUCCAGGAGGAGAUGGUCAGUGUCCUGCCAUGCCAAUUAGACAUUCACAAGUCUAUGGGCCCUGAAGGGAUCCACCCCAGAGUAUUGAGGGAAUUAGUGAAAGAACUUCUCAAUCCACUGUCAAUCACCUACCAGAAGUCCUGGUUAACUGGAGAAGUUCCAGCUGACUGGAAAUUAGCAAAUGUAAUGCCCAUCUGCAAGAAGGGUCAGAAGGAUGAUCUGGGAAACUAUAGGCCCGUCAGCCUAACCUUGGUUCCAGACAAGGUUAUGGAAGAGAUCAUCCUGAGUGAUGCCUUUACAUGCAGAACAACCAGGGGAUCAAGUCCAGCCAAUGUGAAUUUCUGAAAGGUAGGUCCUGCUUGACCAACCUGAUCUCCCUCUAUGACAAAGUGACACACUUAGUAGGUGGGGGAAAGGCUGUGGAUGCAGUCUAUCUAGACUUCAGUAAAGUGUCUGACACCACCUCCCACAGCAUCUUCCUAGAAAAACUGGCUGCUCACAGCUUGGAUGGAUGGACUCUUCAGUGGGUAGAGAAAUGGCUGGAUGCCCGGGCCCAGAGGAUUGUGGUAAAUGGAGCUAAAUCUGGUUGGUGGCCAGUCAUUAGUGGGGUUCCCCAGGGCUCAGUUUUGGGGUCAGUCUUGUUUAAUAUCUUCAUUGUUGAUACGGACAUGGGGAUUGAGUGCAUCCUCGGUGCUCAGGGGUGAUCUCAUCUCUCUCUACAGCUACCUUAAAGGAUACUGUAGUGGGGUGGAGACUGGUCUCUUCUGCCAUGCCUACAGUGAGAGGACCAGAGGAAAUGUCCUUAAGCUGAGGCAAGGGAGAUUUAGAUUAGAUAUUAGAAAAAAUUUUUUCACUGUUAGGGUAGUCAGGCAUUGUAAUAGAUUGCUCAGGGAGGUGGUGGAGUCAUCAUCCCUGGAGGUGUUUAAGUGGCAUCUGGACUUGGCAGUGAAUGAUGUGGUUUAGUGGUUUAGGGGUUACAGUGGUAAAGCUGGGUUGCUGGCUGGACUGGAUGAUCUUAAAGGUUUUGUCCAGCCUUGAUGAUUCUAUGAAUUCCUGACUAUGCGCAGGGCAUCCCCAAGAAUCACACCAUGUCCCUGAGAGCAUUGUCCAAACCCUUCUUGAACUGUGUCUGGCUUGGUGCUGUGACCACUUCCCUGGGGAGCUUGUUCCACUGCCCAACUCUCUAGGUGAAGAACCUUUCCCUAAUAUCCAGCCUAAACCCCUGCUGACACAACUUCAAGCCAUUCUCUUGGGUCCUGUCACUGGUCACCAGACAGAUCAGUGCCUGCCCCUCCUCUUCCCCUCACAAGGAUGUUGUAGACUGCAGUGAGCUCUCCCCUCAGUCUCCUCCUCAGGCUGAACAGACCAAGUGAUCUCAGCUGCUCCUUAUACAGCUUCCCCUUCAAACCCUUCACCAUCUUCUUAGUCCUCCUUUGGAUGCUCUCUAAUAGCUUUAUAUCCUUCUUGUCUUGUGGCACCAAGACUGCACACCCGACUCGAGGUGAGAUUGCACCAGUGCAGAGUGGAGUGGGACAAUCCCUCCCCCAACUAGCUCAUGAUGUAUUUUUAAAACAGAGCAAAUAAUAAACAGCAAGUUGGUGAAAGAGCUGAAAGGCGUGUCCUGUGGGAAGUGGUGAAGGAAUUUGGAUUUGUCUGGGUUGGAGAAAAGGAGACUGCUCUCUACAGCUUCCUGGUGUGGGGGGGGGAAGUGGAGAGAGAGGUGCCAGUCUCUUCUCCCUGGUAUCUAGUCACAGGACACUUGGGAAUGGUUCAGAGCUGUGCCAAGGGAGAUUCAGACGUGACAUUAGGAAACACUUCUAUACAGAGGGAGUGGCCAAACACUGGAGCAGGCUUCCUAGAGAGAUGGUUGAUGCCCCAAGCCUGUUGGGGUUUAAGAGAUAUUUGGACAAUGCCCUUACUUUAACUUCUGUUCAGUCCUGAAAUGGUCAGUCAGUUGUACUAGUUAUUCAUUUUAGGUCCCUUCCAAUUGAACUGUUCUAUUUCAAUCAUUAAAUUCACGAUGUUUCUGUCUUUUCAUUCCUCCAAUCUGUCCAAGUCCCUCCUGGUGGUACCCCCGCCCUCCAGCAUAUCAGUGGCUGCCUUCCUCAACAUGCCAUUAUUUCUGGUCUUGUUGAGAGUAUGUAUUUUUCCACUGGGUCACUAAUCAUCUCUGAGCACUAUCAAUCUCAGUAUUGUUUUCUGAGGCAGGCUUUUCAGAACUGGCCAUCAUGCAGAUUUCAAACCAUUGUUUAACCUGGCCAGCUUCUCUCUGAUCUUUCUUACUGGAUGCCAUCCAGUCCAUACUUCCCCUGUCUGGCUAUAAGGGUGCUAUGAGAGACUGCAUCAAGAGGCUUACUGAAGUCAAUGUAGACAUCAUUUGCUGUCCUCUAUGCAUCCUUAGAGCCUAUCGUUCCAUCAUAGAAGACAGGUUCAUAGGCUUGAUUUUCCAUCAUUUAAUCUGUCUGUCUGUUCCUAGUCAGCUCUUUGUCCUUUGGGUGCCUAGAAAUGGCUUCCAAAACUUGCUCCGUAAAGCUACAAGGGACUGAGGUAGGGCUGACUAGCAUGUCACUCCACUGAUAGUCCUUGCUGUCUUUUUAGAAAGGUGAUGUAUAUGUACCCUUUCUUGUCUCUGGUAACCUCAUGCAAUUGCAAGAUUUUUUCAUAGAUGACAGAGACCAAUCUUAAAAUGACAUACUUUUGUGUAUAGGGGGAAGAUGGACAUUUCAGUGAAAGAGAAAUCAAGAGCUGAGAAAAGCACAUUUUCUAGUUGUUCUUUGCACAUUUCCAGUAGUUCCAGUGGGCUCUAGUCAGGCUUAAUGCUCAGUUUGAUGGGUACUGGAGAAGACUGAAUUGAAAGAAAGUAGUUUCUGUUCUGAUGGAUGUAUGAUUUUAAGCUACAGUAACAAGUGAAGAAAGCAACAAAACAGGAGCUUGAGAGAAACCUGUUAGAGGCUGGGACUAGUGCUACUGAAUGAUAGAUUAGCUUCAUGAUUGUGGUAUGCAGAGGUGUGUCUUGCCAGCAUCCUUCUUGAAUAAUGACAUUGAGUAGGUUAGUGCUGUCCUUCAAACUGUAGAUGCUCCUGCUGUUAUUUUGACCUGCUUAGUGGGCAGAGGAUGAGAAGGGAAAUUGUAGGAAGGGCAACAACAAGCAUGAUGGAGUGCCUCUUUUAUUGUAACCCCUUCUGUACUGAAGAAGGAAGAUGCUACAGAAAACAGUAUGUGUGCCUAGAUAUUGAGAAGAAAUUAUGUCAAGUGGAUAAGAACUUUGCUGUGUUGUCUUGAGGAACAGUUUGUGACCAGAGAACUUUUCAGUAAAGCAAAAGCGAAGGGUGCUACAUUUGUUCAGGAAAUGUAUUUUAAUAGUCUGUUAGGAUACUAUGAAAGGAUGAUGAACUUCCGUUCUCAUUGUGAUACUUCAUUUCUGUGUCCUUGUUUCCUGUAUUCUGUUCCAGUUGGUGUUUUGUCAUUGAGACAUCCUCCUUUUGUACCAUCAAAUACAAGAAAAAUACUUUAUGGUAGUGCUUCUUAAGGCAUAAAGCAUAAGGGGACACUUGCUUUACAGCAGGUAAAACAAGAUUAUCUUAGGCCAUUAACUUUUACCCAGUACAAGGCUUGAACACAGCACAGAGGACAUAAUGUCUUCAUUACACCAAAGCAUCUCUUUUUUAAGAAAGUGAAUAGUGCCACAGGCAAGUCCAGGGUGACUAAAUUGGCACCAGUGCCUGGAGACCCAUGUGUGGCUGGCCCUCAGUCAUGUGGCAUAUAAUACAGACUUACGUUGUGGAGACAGAAGGAACUUCCAACAUCCUUCUCAACUUUCAUGGGGCUAGAAUGCCCUCCCAACUGCAAACAUGGCUGGCUGUGUGAGUCCAGUGAGUUGAAAAGAUGUGCUCACUGGCAUACUAGGUAAAGAGAAUUCUUGUACAAACUUAAAGAAUUGGUAAAACUGGAAAAUGGACUGGUACAGCCUGUUAUAUCAGAGGAAGAGGCAAAAUAUAUAUACUUGCAGACAGUAAUCAGGAAAAGUAUUGCUGAGCCCUGUGUGUUAUGACCUAGAGUAUUCAAUGUCCUAAAGCAGAGAUGCCAAUAUUAUGAGGAUGAUCAGGAUUUUGCAGAGCUGCCUUCUUGUCCUUGUAACCUCUGAAGGAAACGGGGUGAACAGCAUGAAGAAGGCUGUACUGUGUCAGACCAAAGGUCUGCCUGUCUUGGUAGUCUGUCUCUCACAGUGACUCGGUUUGGAUACAUGGGGGGGUGCUGUAAGGAUGAAGCACUAAUAGAGUGAUACUUUUUUUUAGUGUUCUCUUAGCCCAGUUUCCUGUCUCAAAAAGAUGUGCAAACUUUCUUCAAGGCUGGAGAAAACUUUUUUGAACCUUUGGCUGUAGUAUUUAUCCUGCAACUGGAUUUAAAUCUGUUUCUACAGGGACAUGUCCUGAUGUUUGAAAACAUCAAGCAAGGAUUAGCAUAUCUUUGUUUGAAUACUAAUUACCCUCUUUAUAAGUAAAUUACGUCUUCUCUUGGAAUUUUUUUUUCCUAAUAUCAACAUCCUGACAUUGUUUCUUACAAUGCUUUUUUUUCCAGCAAGGUUGAAAAGUCUUGUUCUUUCUUUACAAUGAGGCUUUUUUGACAUGUAUACAUAUGCCCAGUCAACGAGUCCUGUGUAAUCCACUAACCCAUAUAAGUCAUUUUUUUAUAAGCUUCAUACCUGUAAAACUUUAACCUUUAAUUGUGCUCCUGCAUGAAAAUCACCAGUAUUCCACAUCCGUAUGCAUUCAGUUCUAGUGUCUACACUUAAAGUAUUCUUCAGAGUUCCAGAGUAACUGUAAGAGUCACUUAUGGUACUUCUUAUAGAGUGUUCUUAUAUUGCUAUUCAGGCUUCAUUUACUCAUAUAUCCAAAUAUGCUGCUAGCCUUUGCUGCCCAAAUGCUGCUGUAACACUACCACAGGAGGUGAUAUUCAGGCAGUUGGGUCUGAACCUGAAGUUCUUACCACUGCUUUUCAAUGUACAAGGUCCUAGAAAGUAAGGGUUUUUUUGGUUUUAAUUCCAGAAUUUAUUGCGUUUCCUUUAGCAGUAUUACAAAAUAUUGCAAUUUUGUAUCGAUCAUAUUUAUAAUUUGCAAUGCUUAAGAGCUCAGUCUGUUUAGUUUUAUCAGAAGAGGAUCAAAGGUGUCAUGCCUGUGUGGUAGAAAAUCCUUUAUGGAAUUGGAGUAAUAAACCAUCUUUUGUCUUGCAGAUGGGUGUAAAAAUGAACUUGGAGCUAAAGCCUAGGUUGCCUAGAUUGGUGCAUGUGAGAUUUCAUUGCUGGAGGCAUUUCUAAAAGGGCAGUGGUCUGAGACUGGUCUGGCCUGACCGGAGCCCUUGGGCACUGUUGAAGUCCUUGAAUUUUCCCUCAAGUUUUGACACCACCAGACAGUGAGCCAAAGCUACUGUUGCUACAGUUGCCUUUUAGCUUCCUCCUUCUGUCAGAGAGGGCUCUCCUAGAGAUAGCUCACGGACAGGUCUACUCAAAGUCUGUGAAGAGCUGCUUUGUGCAUGUCCCAAAUAUUUUAUGAGGUCAUAAGAUUUAGCUGUUAGAUAGGGAUUGGACUCUGGGUUCUUGGGACUCUAUUUUAAGGGUAGCAUGUAAAUAAGAAAGAUUCCUGCUUGUAUUCCUCUGUUUUAAGUGAGAUGUGUAUUCUCUGAAUGAGGCUUUUGCAGAAUCUCUGUUCUGAUUAUAGAAACUGGAAAUAAAUCAAUAUACGAAAGAAGUGUUUUAUCUGAUAUAAAGUGAACUGAGUUGAGAGUGGGGGAAGAGAGGUUUUGCUGACAUCUGACUAGAUUUACAGUAUUGGGCUGUCCAUUAAUCUGCAUGCUUCCUUGACCAUUUCUGUAAGCAUAAAGUAUAAACUGUAAUCUGAAGGUCUGUAGGGAGUUACUAUGCUUUUCUUGCUUUGAAUUGCAAACUUGAGUGAAGGAUUUGAGGUAAUUUAUCAUGUCCAUUCUUUGCAGGUUUUUUGUAAUGAUUUUGUUUCCCAGUUUGUCAGGACAUUGUCUCUAGACAAGUGAGAUGCUCCUUGUUUGGAAUUUGAAACAAUUCCAGAGUUUCUUAAAUAGCCUUUCAUUUCUAAGUCACUGCUUCAGAUCUGCCCAGUCCCAAAUGGGAUGUCAUUUAAAUGAGCAGGUCAGUUUCAAUUGAUAGUUUAAUGGAUAUCUAUUCAUUUUGCCAACAUUAACAUCUUUUUAAGCUAGAUUGGCAUCGUUCUUUUUUACCGUGAUAACAGUGACUUCAAAUAUCAAAUGAACAGAGGACUUUGAAUUUUCUUUUGCCUAUGCUUGUGCCCCAGUAUUAAUAGCUAUGCAUAUUUGUGCAAGGAACAACACAGGAAUCCCUUUACCUUAACUGUUCCAAUGAAUAAACUGUAAAAAAAUUAGAUCCCAACUGGACUGCAUGUUUUUAAUCAAAAAGAUCAAGAUCCUUUGGAAAUGGCUUCAAGUGUUUAACACCAUAUUGGGGGUAGAUAGUUUUCCAAUUUUUAAAAGUGAUUAUUUUUCUCUCUCAUCUACAAGCUGCACUUGUGGGAACUGGGAGGUGUUCCUAGUGAAAUAUGCUGAUUUUUGUUACGUACAAGAAGUUGAAACAAGGAGCAAUAGAUUGUCUUAUGGGAAGGGCUCAGAUUUGGCAAGCUGUUGGUAAUGCCAAGAAUUUCAGAUGUCUGAAAGUUAUUACUAGCUGGUUUGAUUUCUGGAGGGGGCCAUGAGGUGUGGCUGUUGUCCUGCACUCCAACAAUGUAGGGGCUAUGUAGGAAAGGUGGCAUUUCACCCUCCUCACCACAUUGAUAGGCUGCAUGACUUUAAACCGUGGGCUUCAUGUGCUUACAUAUGUAUUUAGACAUUUAAACAAGAACCUUCUUUAACACUGCCACCCACCCCCCCAAAUAACAAAGCAAACAAACCAGAAAAUUUGUGCUCUGAUGACAAGGCUGCAACUUGAGUGGCCCAUGUUGCUGUAAUCAGUGCCCUUCUGCAUGUACAGUACAAUGCAGUCAGGCACUUAAAUGAUUGUUGUUGGGUUUGGGGGUUGUGUGUCUCAGCCUGUCCACCUGCCUCCUUUCAUACAAGAUUCCUGCCUUAGUGUAGGACACUUGAGACUCUCUGAAUGUACAACUCCUGGCUUGGAUUUUUUUUUCUCCCCCUCACUUAGGCUGACUUCAAGCUUUAUUUACUGCACAGCAUCCAGACUCCACUCUGAAGAGGAAAGAAGUAAUUUCCUUGUUAGUGUCUUCAGGGUACCUCCUGCUAUGACAGCUUAGAAUGUGAAUGAAUUUAUGUGCUGAGCAUUUGGAUGUUUUUGUCACCCUUACUGCAUAAGUGAGGAGUUUGAGACUGAAGCAAAACCCAGGAGUUAUCUCUGAAUUUGAGGGGCCUAAGAUGAGAUAUGCAGACAUUGGCAAUUUACAGGAACUUACUUUGUACCCUUUUGUAAGUUCAAAUCCCAUUUCCUAAGAACUUCCUUAGCAGUUAUGAGUGCUCAGAGCUUCUGCACAUCCAGCUGCAAUUACUGAUGAGGUGAGGAGUGCUGUUCUUAUUGCUGAAGUCUUUCUCUGGCUUCUCAGCUAAGAGAGAGAGAGCAGCAGGCAGGGAUCUCUCCAGGGCUGAUGGUCAGUUGCUUUCAUCAUGAGAACUUUGCCCUGACAGCCGCCUGCUUUGCCCAUUCUGUCGUUGGAUCUGGCUCAUUUGCUGCUAAUCUCCUUCAGUUCUUGCCCCUCGCCUCUUUGGAGAAGUGCUCUGUAUAGAGUCUCAAAAAUAAACUGUGUAAUCAUUUGAUUUAGCAUUAUUGUAAAUUGUAUGGACCAAGGGACAACUUCAGAAAUCCCGUAAGGGAUUUCUUCCCUUUCGAGUACUUUUAUCUGUAACCAGAUAUAUGUAUAUCUGUGUGUAUAUAUAUUAUUUAUUUUUUGAGCUAGGACUUUUGGUAUGUAUUCACUUUGUAUUGGAGUUUCCUUAUAAAGGUAUUUUAAUUCCCCAAAUAUAUUUUGUCUCUGGAAAUACUAUGAUUCCUGGACUUCAAAGGAAUUGAAAGAGCAGCCCCAAAUGCAUAGUAUCAUAGAGACUGCUGUGAAAUAGCUUGUCUACUACAUCUCAAGAAAGAGCAAUAGGUAGGUGAAAACUUGCUAUGGAACAGUCACACCUUAUAUGCUUUUACCUGAACAUCACAGGAUGACACGAAUUUUGACUCAUGUCUUGCAGUGAUAUUUCAAGUAUUGUCCUCUUGAUUCUUUAAACUACAAAGUAAUGAUUGUCUAGUGAAGUAAACCUGACUGUUUAACAAAUGAUAGGCUGCCUGCUAAUGCCCAAUUCAGCAAAGUUUUAAAAUAUCAGAAGUCUUAGUGUAUAUUUUGGGAAGAAUGCCCAUGGAACAGAGAUCCUCUUUGGAACCAGAAUCAAUCAUCUGACUGAGCUGUAUUGGAAAAAAAGAGAAGGGUAUGAAGAGAAAAUGGUACUAACUAUUGUCUUUAUUAUCCUAAGUUUUGUUCUGUUCUCUCCAUGGACUCUUGGUUUACAUCUUCUAGAGAAAUUAGUGCAUCUUUAAAAAAACCAAAAAGAUAAACAACCAACCUCUCUCUGCAAGCUUUUUAAGUGUUCGUUUGUUAGAUGUGCGUUGGCACACUCUGUUUGCAGCUGAAUACCCAUUUUCUGAUGUAAACAGAUUCCAUUAACCUGAAAGAUGAAAAUCAGAAUGUUUGAAUUUCCAUUAAUACAAUUUUGGGACUGGACAGAUAGCCACAAUUGUGAUUUUCUUAUCCUUGCAGUAAAGUACUGCAGUCCACAUCAUUCCUUGCUCGCACAUUACACCUCAUAUCUGUGCUAAGUGGGCAUUUUCUGAGCAAAGUGCAUUGUUUGCUCAACAGAAGCAUAAAAGAUGACACAUGGUUGCUGUACACCUUCUCUCUGCUAUUUGCUGUGGAUAAAGUGAUGAUGGUGCACUACCAUAUGACUCAGAAACAACUUUGCUUAAAACCACAAAUUUGUUUCAGGUAAGUUACAUCCCACCUGUAUGUAUACUUAAAUGUAACUGUGUAUUUGUUCCUGGGAAGAACCCAAAUGCUUGUCACAACUGGCAACUGGAAGCAUCAGAACUGGUAUAUUCAGAAUGUGUCUACUCUCUGUCAUUCUGCAAGUACCUCAAGUGUUUAGGAUAUGGAUGAGUACAACUGCUACUGCUUGUCACUGAACUACUGCUGGUAAUUGAAAAUUGGAAUACAGUGUUCCCUGGAGAGUUUGUCAUGGAGCUCAAGAGGUUAAUACGUAGUUAUGUGAUGAUAAUUUUAUAUGCAUCUGCACAUACUGCUAAUAGACAUUAAAGUGGGCAUUUACAUCCUUA